AAUAGAAUUCACUUAGCGAGUAAAAAUUUAUCUGUCCUUUUUAAUUGCGCGCGGACAAUCUAAUCCAGUUUGAAUUUUUCUGUCCUGAACGGUUAUGACAGAUAAGCGGCUUCGGACAUUAAAUAUCAACACUAAUGUAGUCAAACGGAUUCAGAAGGAAAAGUCUAGGUACGAAGAAGAAGUUGUUAAAUAUACGGAGAUUUAUAAUAAUAAGGUUGCUGCACAAGCUGAUGAGCAUGAUAUUAAAAUGGCGAGAGCAAUUUUAGACGAAUCCAAAAUGAUGAUUCCAGACUGCCAAUUCAGACUUGCCAAAGCUGUUAAGGAACUGGAAAGUGCUACUGAAGAGUGUGAAGAAGAAUUCAGAGACACAGAAGAAUACAAACAGGCGAAGUGCCUAUUGCAGGAAUGCUUGAAUACAAAUUCAUAGAAAUGAGUGAUAUCACUCAUGGAAUAUUCCAUGUAUUAUAUAGUGCUGUACAUUAAGAGUAGGGUUAUUUCCCAUUCCAAAUCGUUUUAUUAACAAUUUAUGAAAAAGCAAUCAAUUAUUAAGUGUGUUAUAU